AUGAUUGAUAGAUUGAACAACGCGGUGGUUGCGUCAUUCGUCCCACUCGAAGUUCUGUGCCCUUAUAAAUCAACCAGAGCAUCGGCGAUAACGACUUUGUUAAUGUCGUUGAUUGAGAGUCUGUCUGACCUCGAUGAUGAGCGACAUUAUCUCGUUGAUCACAGGUAUAUGUGGAUUGGUUUGAGCUUCAGUGAUCGACCACCGAUGGAGAUGGCGCCGCUGUUCCCCGGAUGUGAUUACAAGCAUAUAAUCGUGCUGGAUAAGCCCGACGGUGAAGGCACUACUAAUCAACAAAUGAUCGACUGCUAUGCUAAAACUGAAUCUAAAUUUCUAGGAAGAUGCAAGCUCUUCCUUUAA